AUGGGAAUCGCCCAAUGGCGCGACUCUGGUUCUGAUCACCGUCUCCUUCGUGCGAAAAUACGACUUAGCCACACGACGGAAAAGAACAUCUGCUAUCGGCAACAAAGGAGAAAAGAAGUCGUCUACGACGAUUGCGUACUCGAGGACUCCCUGUCCCAAGGUGACUGGCACAUCGAAGAGGACCCAAACGUGAACUACGAGAUGCUGCUCAGAGGAUUACGAGCCUGUGCUGAACGUGCCUCGAAGUCGCGCACGACAAACUUGGAUCGAAUUUCGAAGACCACCAAGGAAUUGUUGGAAAGAAGAAGGACUUUGAGGCUUGAUCCGAAUGCAUCGCACAUUGAGCGGUUAGUAGCAAACACUAGCUGCAGAAAUGCGUUGCAGGAGCAUCUUUCGAAAUACAGGCAUAAGAAGAUUCUAGAAGCAGCAAAAAGAAGAAUGAGUCUAAAGAAAUGCCGCAGGGAUCUCCGCGAAUGCAAUAUUCCACUAGCAACCUUGUUGAGCGAAGACGGGACUCGCACAUCUUCUCCUCGUGAGAUGGAAAUCAUUACGGAGAGGUUCUACUCGAACCUUUUCCGUUCAUCAACUCCUGUGUCAAGCCCAAUCAUCCCCACUGGCGAAGCUCCACCACGGAUUCUUCCUUCGGAAGUACGAGUCGCUAUCAAGAGCAUGAAACCUGGCACAGCCCCCGGACCUGAUUUUAUAUCAGCAGACUUUCUUCGGGCUGGUGGCCAUCCGCUUCAUGUAAUCUUAGCAGCGCACAUGACAUCUUACCUUCAGAAAGAAAGGAUCCCAGACCUGUGGAACAGCUCGCGAACCGUUCUUAUCCAUAAGAAAGGUGACCGAGAGGACCUUCGGAACUACCGUCCGAUAUGCUUGCUGAGCGUGUUAUACAAAGUAUACACCAAGAUCAUCCUCACACGCAUAUCUAGGAUGCUGGAUGAAGCGCAGCCUCAAGAACAAGCUGGAUUCCGCCAAGGGUUCAGCUGCUUGGACCACAUCCAGACCGUGUCGAGGGUCAUAGAGGUUUGCAGGGAAUACCGCCUGCCCCUUGUUCUAACCUUCGUCGACUAUGAGAAAGCCUUUGACAGCGUAGAAACGAAUGCAAUACUGUCAGCGCUGGUCGAUCAAGGUGUGGACGCGUCGUAUGUGAGGACAUUAGCCAAUUGCUACGAACGAUGCACGACUAGGAUACAGCUUUUCCACCGCCCUCUCACCAUACCUAUUGGAAAGGAGGUACGACAAUGCGAUACUAUAUCGACGAAGCUGUUCACAGCUGCAUUGCAAUGGAUAAUGAAAUCACUAUCCUGGGAAGAAAGGGGCAUACGUGUUGAUGGAAGAUUUCUUUCGAACCCUCGUUUCGCGGACGACAUCGUUCUCUUUUCGAGCAGUACCAAUGAAGCAGAAACGAUGCUCAACGAAUUGAACGAAGCAGGGAAGAGAAUAGGACUACGAAUAAACAGAAAGAAGACACAGUUAAUGAAGAGGACGGAGGAGUACAACUUGAAGGCUCCCAAAUCGUGGAAAUUCCGUCAUACGUAUACCUCGGACGUUCUAUGA